AUCGACAAUGAAAAAGGAGGAGUUCUAGUUCGAACUCUCACACAGCUGGGGUCCAACUCGUUUACGUGCAAAGUCUCGAAUCCUGCGAGCUCCCAAACCAGUGACCCGACUAAAUCCGACUGUGUUAAAAUUGUUUCUCUUCCCAAACCGACUUCACGCCCAGAAGAAGAAGAAGAGGCUUCGUUGUUCGGACUUCCCUUUUGGCUCAUGGUCGGGAUUCUGGCCGGAGGAGGAGGUCUGGUGCUCGUGCUGAUCGUGGCCACCAUCGUCUGCUGCUCCAUCAACAGGAAGAAGAGGAGGAUGCACAUUAAAGAUGAACAAGAGCUGCGUCUCCAGUUGUCGACCGAAAACUACCAGAACCAUCAGUGCACCAACCAACGAGGCCACGCCCACUCGCACGUCGCCGCCCCCUCGCAGCGCCCCACCCCCUCACCCCGACCGAACACCGCCGCGCCGCACGGACCCAUGUCUGCCGGACACACGGGGCCCAGACCCCCCCGAGCCGGACGGAACCGACCCAGACCCCCCGACCCCAUCACAGGACAACCUCUGCCCGGACCCCGGAGACUCCCCGAGACAGGACAGACUCAGAUCCCGAGUGUGAACGACGACGAGAAUCCUCCUCCUCUUCCUCAGCCCAGAAAGAAAGGCCACCGGACUUAGAAGAUCCAGAAGAUCCAGAAGAUCCAGAAGAUCCGAAGAACCAAAAACCAAAAACCAAAAACCAGACCUGAGUCUGAAACGGAAAAAUCAAAGUCCAGUUUGAUCACGAUUAAAAACAGUGAUGGACUGAACCUGUCUGUGAGGAUCAGGUGUGGUUAGACCUGGUUUAGACCUAGUCCUGGUUAAGACCUGGUUUAGACCUGGUACAGUUCUAAUUUAGACCUCAUUUAAUCAUGGUUUAGACCUGGUUUAGACUUGGUUUAGAUCUGGUUUAGACCCCGUAUAGACCUAGUCCUGGUUUAGACCUGGUUUAGACCUGGUUUAGACCUGGUUUAGAUGGUUCUGGUUUAGACCCCGU